AGGGAUGUUGGCUUUAAGGAAGUCAAUGAAUGUUUCAGUAUCGAUUGAUUUAAACUUGAAGGUAGCAAUAUAUUUCUUUAAAAACUCAUCAAACGCAGGCCUCCCAACCUAUACAAAUCAUAACAUAAAUCAACAAAUAAAUAAAAAAAGAAAGUACCUAAUUCCAAUCAACAAGUACUGAAACAACUCGAGACACCUGUCUUUCAAUGCGCCAUAAGAACUGGAAACCUUUUUCAUAGGGAACCUCAGAAUACACAGUAUCAGGGUCGAUCUCUUCCUGAUUAUUUUUUAGCUUGGUGAACUCCAGAUUAUCCUUGAACCUCUCCAUUUCCUCAUUCAAACCCCUCCAACCAAUUCCAAUAUUCAAAGUGGCUCUUUUCUCUCCCUGUACAGCCUCCACAAUCCUCCUUUCCGCAUAAGUAGUAAACCCCUAAAACCACAGUCAAGAACAAUUCUGCUUACAAAUAAAGAUUUUGUCUUAGAACACAUGUUCAAUAAAUAAUCUAAAAAAGAUUACCUCAUUCAACCAGAAGUGUUCGUUGGUCUUGUUUGUGAUCAAAUUACCAGUCCAACUGUGAGCAAGCUCGUGAGCAACAACCUGUGCGCCAGUGUUGUCUCCUUUAAUAACAGUUGGUGUCAAAAACACCAUCCUAGGAUUCUCCAUGCCACCAUAUGGAAAACUAGGUGGCAAAACCAACAAGUCAAACCUCUCCCACUCGUACGCUCCGAACAGCCUCUCUCCUUCCCUUAUCAUCUCCUCUGUCCCAGAAAACUCUCUUGCAGCAGAUUCCAACACUUCUGCCACGUCCUCACCGUACACCCUCGUUCUGGGCCCCACCUCUCUGUUUCCAAGCUCUCCAACCGCCAAAGCAAACAGGUACGGCGGCACCGGCUGCUCCAUAACAAACUCUUCAACCACCCUCCCCGAGUUCCCACGCGCCUCCUCCUCCGUGGGGGCACGGCGCUCCACGUGUCGCGCUGCCAUGACGGCGGAGAGCUGGGAGGGGAUGUUCAAGCGCGCGGAGUAGCGUAUUCUGAUGGCGGGGGUGUCCUGGCAGGGGAAAACGGCGCGUGCGUGAAUGGCUUGGCAUUGAGUGUAGACGAAAGGGUGAGACUUGUUGAAUGUUUGGGGCGGGAGGAGCCAUUGCAGUGCGGAGGAUGAAGGGGAGGUGGUGUAGGUGACGACGAAUGAAGCGUGGUUUGAGAGGGUGAUGGAGAGUUGUGAGCCUUUGAUGGGGUGAGGGUCGGAGAGUGAGAAGGGGAGUGGGGUGUUGUUCGAUUGAGGGUCGUGAACGGAGUGAAUUGUGAGAGAGCGCGUGUCCAAGAAGAAAGGGCCUGUGUGGGGAUUUUGGAGAGUGAUGAGUGCAGAACCGUCGAUGGUGGAGGUUGAGAAAUCGAAGUAGAGAGUUAGGGAUAUGUGGGUUGUGGGUGGGUGUGUGGAGUCUGUGAAUGAGUGAGGAUCCACCGGUGCCAUUCUCGGAUCAGAAAUACGGUGUUUUUACUUACUACACUUUCAACUCAGAACUAAGAAGAAGAAGAGUCAAACACAAAAUUUCUUAUACACAUAUAAAUACAAUAAAGUCUUAUUUGGAUUUGAUUCUUCAGGGUGAUUUUGUUUUCGUUUUCGUUUUUAAUAAAUUCCGGGUCAUAAACCUAUUGCAUGGAGAACUUUGCUUUACGACAAACUUCUUUAUCUAAUCUCACACAAAAGGAAUAUCAAUAUUUUUUCAAUGAUAUUCUUAUGCUUUACUUAAUCUAUACUUCGAUUUCAGCUUUUUUUAAGCCAACUGCAAUUGCACGUUGAAAGUGAAAAAUGGGCUGUUUCCUAAAGCAGACUAAUAUUAACUUCAAUGUUUAGAUUGUUCGAUUGUGCUAAUGGCAUUGGGAUCCCAUUCAACACUCUACUUAUUCUUUUUUAAUUAAACAAAGUCUUUGUACGACCUGGUAUUUUUUUAUUCAAAAACCAAAACAAUAAAAUUAUAGCAAAUUUGUACCCAAAAAAGUUCAAAGCCGGAAUCUUUUUUUUUGUGGUUGGUCCAAUGGGCAUGCGGGCUUGGGCCGUGAAGGAAAGCAGGGAGAGGGCCCAUAGUGAAUGUAAUGUAACGCUAUGAACAUUUGCUUGCAUUGGCGCACGCACACACAGAAGAGGAAGAAGGAAACAGUGGUUUGGUUUGGUAACUGCGAGAGAGCGAGAGAUGGACGACUACACGAGGGAAAUGAUGGACCUGAAGACGUUGGUGACACGCACUCUCGAGAAGAAAGGCGUUCUUGCCAGGAUCCGGGCUGAACUCAGAGCCAGUGUAUUUGAGGCUAUCGAAGAGGAGGAUCGUGUCAUUGAGAAGGAACAAGGUUUACCUCCUGCAUUGCUUGGCAGCUGCAACGAUCGAGCUAAACAGCUUCACGCUUCUCCUUCAGGUAGACUCCUUACGGCGAUGAUAUGCGAAUACCUUGACUGGGCACAACUCAAUCACACGCUAAAAGUUUAUCUUCCAGAAUGUAAUUUGGAAAAGGAUUUUUGGAAGGCCGAGUUGAAAGAUUUUAGUGCCAAAAAUGGAUAUGAUCUCAACAGAAACGGAGACAGUCCUCUGCUUUUGGAUGUUCUUGAAGGAUUCUUGAAGUUUGAGAAUUUAUCUCAAAACAGGGCUAGUGGUAGGAGGUUUACCACAUCAGAAACUGAGCCUUUACCAAACUCAGAAUCACGGAAUGCACGAAGGCAUUCUUCUUCAUCUGUUGCUGGUGGUUUACCCCCACUAGGAAGGGCUUCAUCUCAGGCAUCUGAUAGAAGAGGAGGAUCCUCCAUGUCUGCUUAUAGGAAGGAUGAGUACAAUUGGCGAUAUGACAGUGAUGAACUUCCUGAGGAUGUAAUUCAAGCUUCAACUGCUUUGGAAAAUCUUCAAUUGGACAGAAAAGCUCGGAAUCUAACAUCAUCUUGGCGACAUGCUGGUGAUGGGAUCGGUGAGGAUGAUGGCAGGGUUGAUCACGCGUAGGGACAGACAUUGCUUGCAUGACCGCAGUCUGCCCCUGUAUUUUACUGUGUAUUCUGAAUUGUCUGCCUCUGGUCGUGAUUGAAUGGGCCUAAUUUUAUGUAAGAUCAUUUAAUUGUGAUGUGAUUUAGCGUUUUUCAUUUUAACGAGCUUUUUCUCACUAAAAUUUUCCUUUUGGCUCAUCUUU